GCGGUCGGUGCCGGUAGGAGUAGUGCCCCGUCAGCACCCAUCCCCCCCACCUGCUCACGCCCUCACGUUCUCAUCCCCAGCAGUGUGGCCCGCACCUCCCGGGAACACCUCGACGUCGCCUCCAAAACAAAACAUCAUCGCUACUGAAGGAGGACUAACUGUGUGGUGGGGAGGACAGUGGUAGAUACAAUGAUACGACUAGUGACGGGGGCGCUGCUGGCGGUGGGCCUCUUGCUGCUGGCUACACACACCCUCGCCCAUAAUGCCAAGGCUGACGUUAUCGAGGAUGUAAACGCUAAGCAACUGGAAAAUCUUGUGGCCGACAGUGAUUACGUGGCUGUGUUCUGGUACAAAAGAAGCUGUAAGGACUGCGACAAGGUCCUCAGCGAACUCGAGACGAUUGACGAUGACACGGACAGGUUCGGCGUGCACUUCGUCAAGGUGGCGGACAAGAAGUUGGCCAAGUCCUACGGCAUCAAGAUCUUCCCGGCCCUCUCCUUCUUUAGGAAUAAGGAGCCUAUCCAUUAUGAAGGUGACUUGAUGGACGAAGGGAGUGUUUUAGAGUUCCUCACGAGUUUGGAAGCCAUGGAACUACCUGACCAGAUCGAGGAGGUCAACGCCAAGAUUCUGGACAAGAUUGUAGAGGAGCAAGAGUUUGUCGCCGUCCUGUUUUGUUACGACGGAGAUGCUUGCAACCAAGGCGAACACAAGGCGGAGUGUAGACGCUGCGUGAAGGCCCUGCAGGAGCUGGAGAACGUGGAUGACGACGCCGACCAGCUGGGUAUAGCCUUCGUCAAGAUCAACGACCCUGAACUAGCGGAUGAGUACUCCCUGGGUGCCCUUCCCGCCUUGGUGUAUUACCGUAGGAGGAUCCCUGUUGUUUAUGAUGGCGACCUGAUGAACGAAGACAAGGUUCUGGAAUGGCUGGUGGAGAACAAGAACACCGGAGACGAUGAUGAUGUAAUCGAUGACGUCACCCUUGGCCUCUUGAACACCCUCAUUGACUCACUUGACCACUUGGCCGUCGUGUUCUAUGACCGUGAUGAGUCUGAUGACACACAAAUCCUUCAAGAACUGGAGAAUAUCGACGAUGAAUUAGACGCCCAAGGAAUCCACAUUGUCAAGAUCGCCGAUGACGUGGCGUCUCGCGAGUACGGCAUCGAGGACACACCUUCCCUCGUCUACUUUGAGAACGAGAUACCGAAUGUGGCCUCAACAAAUUGGAUCCCUUCCCUGUACGACGGUGACUUGCAUAACGAAGAUGAGGUCCUCGCCUGGCUCAUCCAACAGCUUCACACGGAUGAGAUUGAGGACAUUACCGACGAGAUGCUGGACAAACUCAUCCGCGAGUCCAACCACCUGGCUGUCCUCUUCUAUGACGAGGACGACCAAGACUCCCAGCUGGUGGUAAACGAGCUGGAGAAUAUCGAUGAUGAGUGUGACUCUAAGGGCGUCUCCUUCGUGAAGAUUGACAACGAUGAUGAAGCCAAGGAGUAUGGCAUAGACACCCUACCUACCCUGGUGUACUUUGAGAAGGGCAUCCCAUCUGUGUACUCAGGUAACUUGUUGGCCGAGGAUGAGGUACUUGACUGGCUGGUGCAUCAAGUCGAUGACGACGAGAUUGAAGACGUUACGGACGAGAUGCUGGACAGAUUGAUCGACCGGAGUGAACAUCUGGCCGUUCUCUUCUAUGACAAGGACAGUCGCCGCAGCAGGAAGGUGUUGGCAGAACUUGAGAACAUCGACGAUGAAUGUGACACCCGGGGGAUCUACUUCGUGAAGAUAGAUAACUACGAGGAGGCGAAGGAGUAUGGCAUUGACAGGAUCCCCACCCUGGUGUACUUUGAGAGUGAGAUACCCUACAUCUUUGAAGGUGACUUAAUGAAGGAGGAGGAGGUACUGGCGUGGCUGAUCCAUCAUGUAGAGCACGAGGAGAUAGCUGACAUUACUGAUGAGAUGCUGGACAAACUCAUCAUCAACGAACCCUUCCUCGCCGUCCUGUUCUACGACAAGGACGACGCAGAAGACCACGAGGUAUUGGCCGAGCUGGAGAGUAUCGACGAUGACUGUGAACAAGCUGGCGUCCCCUUUGUGAAGAUCGAUAAUGACGCGGAAGCCAAGGAGUAUGGUAUUGAAGACCUCCCGACGCUCGUUUACUUCGAGAAUAGGAUACCGAGUAUUUACGAAGGAGACCUAUCCAACGAGCAGGAGGUAUUGGCCUGGCUGUUGAAGCAGAAGAACACCGACACCAUCGAGGAAGUCACAGAUGAGAUCCUGGACGACCUGAUCGCCAACUUUGAAUAUGUUGUAGUGUACUUCAGUGGCAAGUGUGACCAGGGCCAGAAGUGUGACAGGAUCCUGAAUGAGUUGGAGAAUAUUGAUGAUGACACAGACGAACACGGGAUGCAUUUCGUCACUACGGAGGAGACGACCUUAGCCCACGAACACGGCAUCAAAGUCUUCCCGGCCCUGGUGCUGUUUAGGAAUGGCGAUCCUGUGUUUUAUAAGGGUGAGAUAAGCGACGAGGAUGCUGUGCUCCAGUGGCUGACAGCUGAAGACACAUUGGAGAUACCUAACCAGAUCGAGGAGGUCAACCAACGAAUGCUGGAGAGGAUAUUGAACACCUCGGACAAUGUGGCAGUCUUCUUCUAUACUGAGAAUGACAAGAAGAGUCGGAAAAUAUUAACAGAGCUUGAGAAUAUUGACGAUGAGUGUGAUGAUAUCGGUAUUGACUUUGUGAAGAUAUCCGAUGACGGGAUAGCACAAGAAUAUGAUAUCGUGAGUCUGCCAGCUCUCGUCUACUUCAGAAAUAGGUUCCCUCAGAUCUAUGAAGGUGACCUGAAGGAUGAGGAGGCCCUUCUGGAAUGGCUGAUCGACAAUAAGGACAAGGGCCCGGCCUCCAUCAUCGAGGAAGUGGACGGCCAGAUGUUGCAGAAUCUCGUGGACACAUUUGAGUACCUGGUGGUGUACUUCUAUGAUGAUAACUGCCCUACCUGUGAGACGGUCUUGGCCGAAUUGGAGACGAUUGAUGAUGAGACGGACGAGGUGGGCAUCCAGUUCGUCAAGACCAAUGACGUAGAAGUGGCAGAGGAUCUUGGCAUCAGUCACCUACCCGCCCUUGUGUACUUUGAGGGUGGCGUACCCAGCAUCUAUGACGGUGACCUGGCAGGGGAUCAGGAGGUGUAUUCAUGGCUUAUUGCAGAGACACGUGACAUCCAGGCGGAGGAGGAGGUACUGCAGUGGUUGAUCGAACAGCGGCACGAAGACACCAUCGAGAACAUCAACCGCCAGAUGCUGUACACCCUCAUCGACACCCAGGACUACCUCGCUGUUUACUUCUUCAAUGAGGAGAACGACGAAUGCCCGAAGGUUCUGCGGGUGUUGGAGAAGAUCGAUGACGAGGCUGCAGAGUACGGUAUUCAGAUGGUAAAGAUGAAUGAUCGUCUUAUGGCUAAAAAAUACGGCUACAGGAACCCCCCCGGCCUUGUCUACUUCAGGAAGGCCAAACAUAUUAAGUAUGAUGGUGAUCUGUAUGAUGAGGAGGACGUGUUGGAUUGGCUCACAGCUCCUGAGAAUAUGGAACUGAACGACGCCAUUGAGAAGGUCAACCGCAAGAUGUUUGAAAGAAUUAAACAAUCUACGGAUUAUCUGGCUGUAUUUUUCUAUGCUGAGGAAGGUUGCAAGCAGUGUCAGAAGGUGUUGGCCGAACUGGAGAACAUUGAUGAUGAAGCUGACGCCAAUGGCAUCGACUUUGUGAAGAUUGAUGACUCACAGCUGGCAAAGGAGGUCGGUGUUUAUGCUCUGCCAGCCAUUGUCUUCUACAGAGCUGGCACCGAAGACCCCAUUAUCUAUGCUGGAGACAUGAAGAAUGAGGAGAACUUACUGUCCUGGCUACUGACGGAGAAAGACCCUACCGCAGAUUUUAUAGAGGAUAUGGAAGGUGCUGCCCUCCUACAUGUUAUCCGAGACUCCGAUGCCAUCGCUGUGUACUUCUAUGACUUAAUCGCUUGUGGCUGUGAGGACCCGAAUGCUGAAAAAGAGAAGAAAAAGAAGAAAAAAAAGAAGUCUCAGACAGAUGUUCCUGGAGAAAACUCAAACACUGAGGACUCCAGCUGUGCCACAUGCAAGAAGGUGUUGGAGGAGCUGGAGAACAUAGACGACGACACAGACCGUAUCGGCGUGAGCUUCGUCAAGACUCAGGACAUGAAGGUGGCAGAGAGGUAUGGUGUCACAAGCCUGCCAGCACUACUCUACUUUGAGCACCAAAUACCCACUGUGUAUGAAGGCGACCUACUGGCGGAGGAGGACGUACUACAGUGGCUGGUGCUGCAGAAGACAGAGGACACGAUAGAAACGGUCAAUAGGAACAUGUUGGAAGUGAUGCUGGAGGACACUCAAUACUUGGCUGUGUUCUUCUAUAAACCCAACUGCCGGGCGUGUGACACUGUCCUCACGGAGCUGGAGAACAUAGACGAUGAGUGUGACCUGUAUGGUAUCCACAUGGUCAAGAUCCAGGAUGCUCAGCUGGCCAAACGCUACGGCAUCAAGACCCUGCCAGCUCUCAUCUACUUCAGGAAUGGCAACCCACUUAUCUUUGACGAUGACCUUCUCUCAGUGGGUACUGGGGUCUACGACUGGCUAAUCGAUGAUGAUAACCGUAAAUUGGAAGGCAACAUUGAAGAAGUUAAUGCCAUAAUGUUUGAAGCGAUACUUUCCUCCAGACUAUAUCUUGCUGGUCUCUUUAUGAAUGAGGACGACUGCCCCGACUGUGAACAAGUACUUCAGGAGCUGGAGAAUAUUGACGAUGAGGUCGACAUGUUUGGGAUCGACUUCGUGAAGAUCAAUGACCCAGACGCUGCCCAUAGGUUCAACAUACUACACACUCCUGCCCUUGUUUACUUCAGGAAAAAGAUGCCCCUUGUAUAUGAUGGUGACUUACUGGACGAGGAGAAGGUGUUCAAGUGGCUGACCUCCCAAGACGUGUUUGAGAUCAAGGACGAGAUCGAGGAAGUGAACCGUAAGAUGUUGGAGAAACUGCUCGAUGAGAAUGACUUCGUGGCCGUGUACUUCUAUGAAGACAACGCCAGGAGUGAGGAGGUAUUGGCUGAGCUGGAGAAUAUCGACGAUGAGACCGAUGACCUGGACAUAACCUUUGUCAAGAUCCGCGACACUCGUUAUGCCAAGAAGUACGGCAUCCAGAAGCUGCCGGCCCUCGUCUACUUCAGGAGGAGAUUCCCCAGUAUAUACAGAGGGGAUCUGUCCGUGGAGGAGGAGGUACUCGACUGGCUACAGAAGAACAGGUUUAAACACCCAGAACUGAACCUCUUCAUGUAUGCCACCGGGGCCAUCACUCUGGCCUUCAUCAUGUACACACUCUUCCUCAUCUUCUGCUUCAGGAGUCCAGCACACCAGAAGGCAGCGUGAUCACCCUUUCCCUCAACUAUACUCUGGCUCAAAUUAAUCUCUCUAUGUAUACUUCAACACAUGUCUGUAAUAUAACAUCAUAAAAUUCCUGUAUCUAUAUUUCUUGCAUAAACCAAAGGAGUAUGUUGCAUAGACUCGUUGCAAUAUGUGUGUCUGUGUGUGUGUGUGUGUGUGUGCGUGUGUGUGCGUGCAAGAAUGGGCGUUGACUCGUAGGUUGGUGAGGGAAGGGUGUGUGACUCGCUCCUCUUCACUCCACAAUGGUAUUCUUAUCGGACUUGUUCUGUUAUUAUGGUCAGUACUUAAAAAACGUCAUCUGUAUCAGGUUAAAGAUCAUAUAGAUUAGAUAAGGUGAAGACUGUUUUGUUAUAUCAACUUUAGUAUUUAUUAUUAUUACCCAAUGUUGAUUAUUGUACAGGAGUUAAUAUGCAUACUUGUUGAAUAUUGUGAUAUCUAGGUGUGUGGGUGUGAGAGGUGGGUGUGGUGGACAGGGCUUAACCACACCCACCAGAAAUAAUAAUUGAUGGACCUUACAUACCUACACUUAAUGUUGAGACUACUAAUAAGAUCACCCAGCCAGCUGUGGCUUAUUAACACCAAAAAGAAGUUUGUGUCUUUGUCUUUGAAUAAGUUAACGUAAUGCUCGUAUGUCAUCCGUGGCCGAGUGAGACAGCAGCACCAGCCACUGAGAUAGAUAAUAAUGAGUGAGGUUUAUAUUCCACCCAAGAGGGAAGACUAACUAAAGGAGACUUGAGCUGUGAGAAUAAUUCCAACCAUCACUCGCCAAGCUUCAUCUCUUGUUUUGGGUGAUUAUUUUGCUCCUCAUAAUAUGCACUGAUUAAAAUAAAACACAGGAUGGUGCUUGUUACUUAGGUAAACUUUUCUUUUAGGGAGGCUAUUUCAUAAGGUUUCCUAUGUCGAGAUUCUGUUGACGAUGUUUCGUGCGCCAGAGGUGUUUGUGUCCAGUUGUCUGUUGUUAUUGACUUGCCUCCAUUUGUCAUAGGAUAAUAAACUACCAUAUUUGUUCUUUUUUUUAUAUGUUUUUGCUCUGAGAAAUAGUACUCGUUGUUCCUGUUCUGUACUAUGUGGAUCUACUUGGGCCAAUUGCAAGGUGAUUUAGCAUCGAAGGUCUGUACACUGAUUGGGAGAAGAUGUCCUUUAGACUUGAUCAGAUUUUUGUUCUUCUAAAAAAAAAAAUCCAUGAAAUUAUAAUCCUCAGACAAGGAUUUAGUAAUGAAGGAGAUAGUUAUAAUUUCAAUUCAUUCCCCAGUAAGUUUUGCUGCUGAUAAAGAUAAGUUUACAGCCAUCAUCUCUCGACAAUGCUUACAGACCAAAAGUUGUUGUUGUUGUCUUAACUAGAUUACCUGACGAUAAUCUACAUCUAUCCCCUGUGAUGCUCUUUUCUAGGAGGUAAGUAAAGUUUAAUUCUUUGUUAAAUAGGAUCUGGUGCUGUAACACAAGAAGCAUUUAUAGUCCGGUCAGCCAUAUGGUGAUGAACCGCAGAAAUGUCCCGCCAAAGCUAUACUGGUUCCUUGUUUAUAUUUAUGGUUUAUCUUUAUCUGUAAAUAUAUAUAUCAUUCAUGUUUCUUUACUCCACAGGUAAGAGAGACUUGCUAUAAAACCCUGGAUAAUAAAAUCUCUUCAAGUAUCACAUUAAAAGGACAAAAUAUAUAUGGAUAAAGUCUUCUUAUUCAGGAUAAUCAUAAAGCUGGAUUAUUGUUCAUUUAAAACUAAGAUAUCCUGUUAUCUUGGGGUCUUGUUGGGGUUUGAUUCUACAUAGGCAUUACCACCAGCCUUGAAUCCUUGUGUAUACUAUAGAUGAAUGUUAGGUGGCUGUAUAGAUGAAUAUGCAGCAGCCAAAAUAUAUUGAUCCUCGAAAAGAGCUUCACAGGACCACUUGGUUGUGUACCUUACAAAGGCGACUGUGUGGGAGAAACACCGUCCAUACCAACUGAUCCUCGUCAGCCAUCUUGAACAUGAACAGUACUCCUUCUCCUAGCAUUAAAUUAUCCACCCUAGCAAUAACAAAUCCAUCCAAGCAGUAAUAGAGCCAUCCUAGCAGUAAUAAUUCCAUUAUACGGAGUGAUUCAAAAGUCACGUUACCCACCACGAAAUAAGUGACGACGUGUCGGAAUCUUUCUUACAUCCAACAGUUGGUACUACUGGUGCUUUGUUCUCAGUGGGAGCAACAUACUGUUUUCCCAGGUGCAGCGGGUCUUCAUACAUUGCCGUCUUAUGCACAGGUGAAAGAAGCAUUUCAUGGAAGAUAUCCUGAUGCUCCUGUUCUUAAUGAGAUGGCGAUUUCACGAUUGUACGGUACAUGUGUUCUGUAAUAAAUGUAAUAUGCCAUCUGGAUAACAGGACUUUUGAAACACCCUGUACCAGUAAUGUGUACAUCCUAUCAGUGAUAAGUCCAUCCCAGCUGUUACGGUUCCUCCCCACUCUCAAGACGUCACCUCAGUGUAGCGUGACAGUUGUGGUCAUUUGUUACAAUUCACACAGCUGCACUCACUCGUCCUUGACACUGUUGGUCUUCUGAGAUGUUAUGUACAUUUUGAUUUACUUGUACAAUAAAGAAAUAUUUGUUAAA